CGUCUUCACCAGCAAUACAAAGGCAAAAACAAGAAGUCAUCAAGUAAUCAAGUAAUUAAAGUCAAUCACUUAGUUGACUUGUUGUUUGUUUGCUGGCCAAAUAGAGGGUUUCUCUUUGGCCAAACAGAGGGCUUCUACUUCUAGCCUUCUUGACUAUCUUGUAUCUUCAGUCACAGAGUCAAUGAACACUGUUGAUAACACUUAUAGAUUCCAGCACAUUAUACAUCGAAAAGGGUCUCUGUUGACGGCGUGUUUAAAGCCAUGAUCGAUCCAGUGAAUGGAGUGAUACUUGUGCAUGGCGGAGCCGGAGACAUCCCUGAAUGGCGAGUUCCGUUAAAGUUGCAUGGUGUUCGAAAAGCUGCCAGAGCUGGAUAUGUCAGUUUGUCAAAGGAUGAAUGCUCCGCGUUGGAUGCUGUAGAAGCUGCCGUUAAAGUAAUGGAGGACGACGAAGCCUUCAAUGCGGGUAAAGGAUCCGUUCUCACGAUAAAAGGAACGAUUGAAAUGGAUGCCAUAAUCAUGGAAGGAAAAAACUUGAAAACAGGUGCUGUUGCUGGUUUAAGUAAUGUUUCCAAUCCGGUGACAGUUGCUAGACUCGUGAUGGAUAGCACACCUCACAUUUUUCUAGCUGGGCCAGGUGCUAAUUCAUUUGCUCGGGAAAAAGGAGUACCGUUUGCAUCUGACGACGAAUUAAUUACAGACUUUGCUCGUGAAGCGCUGGAUGAUUUUAUCCAUGGCAGAGGAGAAGCUACCAGUGAACUUGGCCAGGAAAGCAAACAUGGGACUGUUGGAGCGGUAGCGAUAGAUCGCUAUGGCCGUAUGGCUUGCGCCACAUCGACUGGAGGAAUGACCGGCAAACUUCCAGGAAGAGUCGGAGAUACUCCACUCGUCGGAGCUGGAGGAUAUUGUGAUGACGCUGGAGGGGCUUCAUCUGCAACGGGUCACGGGGAAUCAAUCGCCAAAGUAUGUCUGUGUCAUCAUAUAAUUGGAUUAAUGCAAUCUGGUUUGGGUCCGAAAGAGGCAACACAACAUGCUCUAACAAACAUGCAAAAUAGAACUGGAGGAACCGCUGGGGCGAUAACUCUUUCAAAUAAAGGUCAAGUAGGAAUACAUUUUAAUUCCAAGCGUAUGGCUUGGGCGUACGUUAGAAAUGGAGAAGUCCAUUCCGGAAUUAAUCCAGAUGAAGAUGAAAUCGAAUUACUUUGAAUACGUGCAAUAUGAGAAUAAUAAACUGGUGUAGACUAUAAAUAUAACAGUGUCAUGAAUGGCAAAAUGAAUUUGGAUGGAAAUAAAUGGCUAACGAAUCA